UAGUGAAGGAUCACUUAAGAGGACAGUCGAGCCGCGGCGGUCACCAGUGACGGACGACGUCAGUCUGUGACACCUUACCUUCAAUAUGCCGCUCCUUCACGGAGAUCUGGAGGUGGAAGUGGUUAGGGGAGAGAACCUCACCGACAAGGACAAGGCAUUGUUCCAUAUUAUCCCUGGGGACUGGUCAGACGUCUGGGUAAAUGUGUCGUUGGGUAAAGAGAAAAUCCUCACUACAGGAGUCAGAAAGAACGCUAUAAAUGCGGUGUGGGGUGAACGCGCGAUCAUUCCUAUUUGUGAGGCUGUUGACUGUCUCAAAGUUCAAGUGUGGGAUAAAGAUCACGUUCGAUCCAAGUGUCUGGGAUGUGGACGUGUGGCCUUAGGCGACCGCGACAAGCCCUGGCGCAAGGACGGGCCUGUGUACCUUGACGGUGGGAAAGGUAGAAUAGUCAUGAAGAUCAGAUACACGCCCGCAGCGCAGGCGCGGAAGGAGAGCAUUGAGGUUCCCAGGUCCUACUUCCCAUUGCACAAGGGUGGUUCCCUGACGCUCUUUCAGGAUGCUCAUGGCGUGACCAUCCCGGGAAUAGUGGCGCCGAGAGAGGGUGUUUUUGAAGCUAUGGCUGAUUCACUCCGUCGAGCCAAAAAGUUCAUUUAUAUAGCUGCUUGGAGUCUGUGGACCGGGACGAGGCUGAAGCGAGACAAGGAAACCCUGGGAGAGUUGCUGAAACAGAAGGCUGCCGAAGGUGUAAGAAUUCUCCUGCUAAUCUGGAACGAAAUAUUGUCUGUGGGUCUUUGUGCGGGUCUCUUCAACACCUUCGACGAGGACACAGACAAAUACUUUGAAAACACAGGAGUUUACGUGGUAAAAACUAAGCGAAAAAGACACAUAGCUUCUGCAGUUAGGGAAAAGCUGGUAGAGGCAGUGUGGUCGCACCACCAGAAGCUGAUCGUGGCGGACGACGGCGAGAACGGCAUUGUGGCCUACGUGGGCGGUCUGGACAUGACCAGAGGCCGCUGGGACACCCCGGAGCACCAGCUCUUCACCACUCUGGCUCGGGAGCAUCAAGGCGACUUCCACAACGCCGUAAUAAACGUCAAAGAGAGCCUGGGACCUCGCGAACCUUGGCACGACGUCCACGCCCGCCUCACCGGCCCGGCCGCCGUCGACCUCCUCAGAAACUUCGAGGAGUGCUGGAGGAAGCAGGCACCGAAGAAAGUCCAUCUUCUGGUGCAGACAUACGAGGAGGACAUUUUGUUUGCACCACAGAAGGGCAAUCAGCAUGACAAAGUCUCCUGGCAAAUGCAGGUAGUGAGGUCGAUUGAUGGAAACUCAGCGGUGUUCAGCAGUGGGCGUGUGGGCGUACUGGACUCGUGGGGUGGUCAGGUCAUCGACACCACCCUCCACCGGGCCCUGGUUCGACUCGUCAGGAGGGCAGAGAAAUUCAUUUAUAUUGAGAAUCAGUUCUUCACCGGGUCGUCGCAGGCGUGGACGGAGGACACCGGAGUCUGCUGCAGGAACCUGGUGCCCUUGGAGAUUACCCAGCGAGUGGUAGAGAAGAUCCGGGCGAGGGAGGACUUCCGGGUGUACAUACUGCUGCCGCUGCUGCCUGAGGGUAACCCUGACCAGCCCUUCGUCAGGUGCAGCAUCAAGAGCAUCCUUCACUACCAGUACCUCACCAUACAGAUGAUGUAUGGGAGGAUCGCGGCGGCGCUGCAGGAGGCGGGCUCAGAGCGUCACCCUGAUGACUACCUCCUCUUCCUCUGCCUGGGGAAGAAGGAGUCGCAGGAGCGGGUGUCGAGGUCGGCGGGGCAGGAGCGCCCGCGGGUCGGGAGCGAGGAGUGGAAAUGGCGCCAACGGUCUCGCUUUAUGAUCUACGUCCACUCCAAGAUGGCGCUGGCUGACGACUCCCACGUCGUCAUAGGCACGGCCAACCUCAACCAGCGCUCCCUCGAUGGCACCCGCGACACCGAGGUGGCCUUGAGUGCCUGCCAGGUGGGUGUGGGCAGCACCGGUGCAGAAGAGGCUGUGACUGACGGAGCUGUGGGAGAGUUCCGGAGGUCUCUGUGGGCUGAACACACUUCUGGGUUAUCAGAGGAGGAGGAGGACCUGGCUGACCCAGCCUCCCUGGCAGCCAUCACCAGGAUCAGGCACCUCGCUGACGACGCCCUUCACUCCUACAUCAACGGCUCCUCAAACGACGAGCCCAAGUGCCACUUCCUCAGGUACCCGCUGGACGUGACCCGGGACGGCAAGGUCCAGGCUCUGCCAGGGGUGGAAAAUAUACCUGACUUUGAUAUACCUGUUAUUGGGGCCCGUGGCCUCAUACCUUCCAAACCCACUGUUUAGUUCCUGGUAGUCAAUACUUACCAGUCUUCUUCUUUAAGGGGUGUGAGUCUUAUUUUACUUAGCGUCACCACCACCUUUUUCUCUUAUGAAACACAUCUCUGAGGCCAGCUCCUGGCUUCUGACCUCAGACAAACACAUUCUCUUACAGAUGUACUAAAAUGGGAACCCAGCAUUGCCCGGGUCUAGCUCUCUGUCUAUGUCCAUCUCCGGCCCCUUCUCUCUCUCUCUCUCUCUCUCUCUCUCUCUCUCUCUCUCUCUCUCUCUCUCUCUCUCUCUCUCUCUCUCUCUCUCUCUCUCUCUCUCUCUCUCU